AAUUUUCAAUAUAUCCCAAGCUCUUACUCUACAGACAUGCAAUGCUGUAUUGGAAUCGAGGGAUUAUGUGUGUUUUAACUCAAACAUUGUUUUUAUCCAACAGCACUCUUUUUACAAUGCAGUGUAUCAGUGUAGAAGUAUUUCAAUAUAAGGACAACUUUGAUAUUUGAUGAUCGCAAAAUUUAACAGGCAACCAAGACCCAUUGUGGAAAGUCGUUAAGCCAUUUGUAUUUUGGGGCUAGUUUAACUUUGUGUGCUUUGAGCUUUCGGUUGGUGUUAACCUCCGAUAAGUAAUAUUCCAGAGAUGGAUUAAGGGGAUGCCAUUAAAAGUGUGGUUUUGCUGUUAAAGUACCAGUGAAAACAAGAACUGUUUUAUUCUGUAGAGCCAUACAUUGCCCAAAUUGGAAUUUCUUUUCAUCACAGAAGGAAUUUAUCUUUUCAAAAUGAGUUUGAUGGAAAGGUAUAAAACCUUCAAGAGACCGUCAUCAGGGCAGCUUGUAGACCUUCAUGUAUAUAUAGUGCCACCAGACAUUUGGAGGGAACGCUAUAACAACUUCUUAAAUCAGAAUGUAACAGAGACAAUCUCUGCAGGAAUCAUCAGGGUACACCCAGAGCGUUUAGUGUAUGAUCUCCGUGAUGAAUUGGAUCAGCAAGUGGGGGUGGAAAUGCUCCCCAGAGACUAUGUUUUCCUCAAAAGUGUGGGUCGAAGCAUCACACGGUUAAAACAAAAACAAGAAUAUCAGUUGAAAGCAAAGCAUUUUAUUCCUCCUCAGGCCUAUGCCCCUGAGUUAUAUUUAUUAGAGAUCAGCGCAGAUGACCGUGAGAGCAGUCGGACCUCAACACGCCCACAGUCUCCGUACUCCCAAAACCCAGAAAGUGAAGAUGAACGUCGCUCUGGCAACAAAUCUAAACAUAGAAAUAACGAGUCAUCCCCAUACCGCUAUUCCCCCCUCCCCAAAAUUAAACCUACCCAUAGUCCCCCACACAGAGUUGAAUACAAUCACAAUGGCGAUAUAAAAACAGAAAAUGGUCGGUUAUCAGAUUCCUGGGGCUCCAAUAGAGACAAACGCACCCCACCCCCACCCCGAAGUGUGCCAAGAACCCCCACCCGCCCCAAAGUUUCUCGGGAAUUCACUCCCCGUAAUCAAACCCCAAGAGAGGAGUCCCAUAGGGCUCCUCCUAGGUCUUCACCAUCUCCAACAGAUCAUAGAAAGCGAGCAAACCAGAACCAAGAACCAGGAUCAGGGACAUAUACUAACCACACCAACGAAGAUUCAGGGAUCAACGUAAACUCACCAGAGGACCACUUUGAUGCCUUAGACAGAAGGAAACAAGAUGAGGACAGAAAUGAUGACCUUCAUCGACGUCUUCACCCAGAAAACGAUGAACAUCGAAGGAAUGGUGAAGAGGAUAAUGAUGAGUGGGAGCGACGACGUCGUGAGGAUGAGGAACGAAGACGGAGAGAAGAGGAAGAACGUAGGAGGAGAGAGGAAGAGGAACAAAGGAGAGAGGAAGAAGAAAGACGUCGUCUGGAAGAAGAAAGAGCAAGGAUAUCGAAGCAACAGCUGACAGGUUCAGAUGAGGUAUCAACAGUAAGCUCCGAAAACACACCAAUUGCUAGUAAUGAAGGGUCAAGAAAGCCUACACUGGGACACCAGUAUCAACAGAUUCCAUCAUCUGCUUUCACUAAGAAUUCAUUGAAUUUCAAUGAAGGGGGAGAUCCUUCAGUAAACCCAACUUCAGUGAAUUAUAGCAAAGAGCAAAAUUCAACAACCGUUGAUAAUUCAGUAUAUGGUGGUAAACACAGAAUGAAAGUUCCAGGGGGGAAUAAAGAUUUAGUAAACACCUACAAUAAAGAUAGAGAAAGAUCUCUCCAAAAUCCUGAAAAUUCAAUGAAUUACAAUAAAGAGAGAUUGAAAGUUCCAGAGAUGGACCUAAACAGAUUCCCAUCUCCUCCUCCACUACAGAUGAAUGACUCUAAUGAGGGCCAUGAUACAGAAUCAUCAAAGCAAAACAGAAAGGCUGAAAAUGCCCCAGCUGUUUUUGUGACCAAGCAUUCCCUUUCUAAGCAGGAAACAAAGAAGGAAAUAAAGGAGCGACUGUUGAAAGAACUAGAAGCGGCUCGUGAAGCUAGGAGAGCUGUAGAAAAACAAAGGGAAGAGCUGGUGAAAAAGGCCAAAUUAAUGCAAACAAAAACUCAGAACAGGCGAAAUCAUGACAUGAUGAAUAUUUUUGAUGCCAGGGAUAUAUGGAAGAAGCGUUAUUUUGAAGAAAAGAAGAAGACUCCGCCAUUGGAAGAGCAGUGCAACAGAUUACGACAUGAACUAGAUAUCAUUCAUAGGAAAUUAAUGAACACGUUGGAAGGACCUUCGAAAGAUAAAUCCACCAAACAUGGUGACUUGAAACCUUCCCAAAAGGUUGGUGACAAGCAAGAACCAGGACAGUUCUAUCCUGCUAAUUAUAGAAACACAGGGCAAGCGCCUCCAUAUAAUCAGAAUUACGAGGAUGGCUUAAUCAGACAGGGCUAUCAGAGAGCAUUGCUGAAUAAUACGACUGAAAAUUAUCAAGAAUACCAACCACACCAUGCUAACAAUUAUUAUAAUGGACAAGUAAUUCCCAGGAAAAUGGGGAGCCCAAAACUUCCACCUAUCUCCCCUCAAUCAAAAAAGUCCAGUCGACCCUCUAGUUAUUAUGAUCAGACAAAUACCUAUCGAAGCCCACUUAAUUCAGCCUAUCAUCGUCCCUAUUCCUACCAACCCCCAACUAAAUCCGGGUCAAGGUUUUCAUCACCUAAUAGUGUAUCCCCUAAUGCAAGAGGGAAUUUUCGUUCUCCGGCUAGCUCUGGUAAAAGUGUACGAUUUGAACCUUCAAGGAGGAACUCAAGAGGAAUAAACUACUAUUGAAACUGCGGAGAAUAGGUGUAAAUUGAGGCGGAGAAAGUUCUAAGAUUGCUAUAUUUCAUACUUCAUGUUAAUUUUUCUUCAACUCCGAGCUGUUAAUUUUUAUGGUUUGAUUAGUUUUGAGAUGAUGAGAUAAAUGGAUUACUAUUAGCAAUCAUGCCAUAGAUGUAGUCAUUUCCUUGCCAUUUUGAUUUCUGUGAUAUGUUUUUAUUGAAUUUAAUGCGUACUUGCAUGUAAAUACUCUUUGCUUUGCAUAAUAUGUUUACAAUAUUUUAUUAGCAAUUAAGAUCUUGUUUCAUAACAGUAUUUCAUUAUGCUGGAUGGAAAAAUUUGAAAUGAAUAGCAAUGAUAGCAAUGAUCCUACUUGUAGUAAUUCCAAGUAUUAAGUGUCAGUGUACUGAAAGGUAGUCGUUUUAUAAAAUUAGAAAUCAAAAACCUUCAUCUAAGCCCAAGAAUUAAAAUUAUCCAUAAUCUCUUGUUAGGUUUUAGACUUGAUAAAGUACUGUAGAAAAUAAAGAGAUGUGGAUUCAUGAAAUAAACUGACUUCUAGCAAACUAAAGUACAUGAUCCUCUAACUUUAUUGUUAAAUCAUAUCUCACUUAGACUGCACUUUAGGAAAUCAAUUUUGGUAUACUUUAAGUUUUAGACGGAUUCUCUGGGUUAUCUAACUUUGCUGAUAAAUUGCUUACCUUAAAUUGGAGCAUUUGUUGGUGCAUUUGUUGUGUGUACAAACUCAGAAGGACAUUACCAGUAUUGUUUUGUGACACAAUGUCAAUAUAUCCUUGAACUUGUGUGUGAUAUACUGUAUUCAGUGCCAAGUUUUCUUGUCCAUGCAUAGAGUGCUGCAAUAUGUAUUGUUCUACCAACAUUUUAUUCAGUGAUACACAGACUGAAUCGACACACUAUAUGAUUUUGUUGACAUAACCUGCUUGGGUGUUAGUAGGGCGGAAAUGUCUCUCAUGUUAGGGAAUUUAUAUACAUAUUUUUUACUAGUAUAUGAUCAUGGAUAAAUCUGAUCCUCAUAAUCAUUAAGUAUAAUUCUGUUAGGUGCCAACAUUUAAAACUAUAGUCAUUUUCUUAAAUGUCUAGUGAAAAAUUUCCAUCAAUGGUUUAAUUAUUUUAAACCUUAGCGGCACCUUAUAGAGGACACAAUCUUUCCAUGAUACAGAUAUUUUUUGAAGUGUUCUGUGAUAUAUUUCUGUCUCAUAUUUUUAUAUUUGCUGUUCAUUUGGUACUAAUGAAUUUAUGAUGUCAUGAUUUUUCAAGGGCAAUAUUAUAUUAUUGUAUGAUUUCUUGACUUAACAAAAUAAAGUAUAGACUGUC